GUAGAAAAUGCUAUAUAUGAAGACGAGUUACAAGAACAAGUUCGACAUGCUAGCAGCCUCCUCUCCAGAAGGAUUCCUUCCUAAUAUUCAUCACAAGAAGAAUUUUAGCAAGAGAGAUGAGUGCAAGCAGCAAGGGAAGAAUAGAAGUUCCCUUGGAUGAAGAGCAACCCAGGGGAGCUUGAACCAAGGACUGCUGAAAUCGAACGAAAUGCCAAGUUAUGCAAGAAAUACUUCUAAAAAGCUGAAGGAUUUCUCACCGUUUAAGAAGAAAAUAAGGAUGAAUGAAUCCAUCGCUGUAAGAGUAAGGAUGAAAGGUGGGAUGAAUAGGGAUGUUCAUCAUACCUCCUCUUCCUUCAUAAAAUUGGACCCCCAGAAUGAUCAAUCCAAAACUGUCAGGAAAUCAAGGAAGCUUCCGACUCAUAUUUUUGGGAAGUUCAAAUUCCAAUCCAAGCAAGGUAGUAUAGAAGACUACGAGCUUGGAGACCUGAUCGGAAAGGGAGCUUAUGGAGAAGUUUUUCAAGCUGUGCAUAAAGAGACCGGCAAAAACUAUGCCAUUAAGGUUUAUGAUAGAUACCAAAUGACUCAGGCUAACAAGUUAAAGAGCAUCAACAACGAAAUUAAGAUAAUCAGAAGACUUGACCACCCUAACCUGGUGAAACUUUUCUCUGUUCAUGAAACGGUGACUAAUAUAUAUCUUGUCAUGGAACUAGUCACUGGUGUUCCUCUUUCAGAUUACAUAAAACAAAAAUAGGAUCUUAAGGCUAGAGGAGAAAGAAUGUAAGAAGGUUUUCAAGCAAAUUGCUGAAGGCGUCGAUUAUCUCCAUUCCAAAAAUAUCUGUCAUCGUGAUAUCAAACUAGAGAAUAUAGUCAUAAUGGAAACCGGAAAUAUUAAAAUUUUGGACUUCGGAUUUGCAGUUAAGUAUACCCCUAAUAGGAAAUUAAAUACGUUCUGAGGUACUCCUAACUAUAUGGCGCCUGAGCUGAUGAUCAGAAUCCCUUAUGACCCUAAUAAGAUGGAGACAUGGGCCCUAGGAGUCUGUCUAUUUAAAUUACUGACUGGGAAAUUCCCUUUUCAGGGAAAAAGCGAUGAUGAAUUGAGAAGACAACUUAAAGAGAAGAAAGUAAAAUUUCCUAAUCACUUAUCUUCAAAAGCAGUUGAGCUAAUUGAAAGAAUGCUGACUAAAGAUCAACUUUCAAGAGCUUCCACCACUGAGGUGAUCAUUGACAAGUGGUUCAUGGAUGUGUACUACGAAAAACCUAAGAAAAAGAAGAGGAAGAAAGCUAAAUGUGGAGGCAUCAAAAUAGAUACGACAUCAAAAGAUUUCCUUUUACAGAACUCGGUUUCGAAGUUCUCUCUUGAUCAUCAGAUCGUCAAAAAUAUUGCUAAACUAGGCCACAGUGAGGAGACUAUUUUGAACGAUGUAGAAGAUGAGAAUAGCUAUAUUGGGAGGCUUUAUAAGAAGCUUUUUGAGCUGAAAAAGCAACUCCAAAAGUAA